ACACUUGUCACACAACAACCUCGCCACCAUUUAGCUGAGGUUAUAUAUACUUUGAAGUGUCUCAUUCAGUAAAGUUGUUAUAGCAGUCACCAUUAAAGCAGCCUGCGUGGCAGCAGAGGCACUAACCACAGAGAGAGAGAGAGAGAGAGAGAGAGAGAGAGAGAGAGAGAGAGAGGGUCUGUCUGUCGGUGUGAGGGGGAGCUGCACAACAACACGGACCAAUGCAACUUUCUAGCAACUGUUGCAACAAGUUAAGCAAGACUUUAUACUGACUCCUCUGCAGCGAAUAUUGGUGACUUCAACUUUACAAUCUCAAAGAGAACUGUGAUCUCGGAGUCAGGAAACUGCAAAGGCCUGCAAAGACUCACGAAGGACACUGGCACAGUUUAAGGAGUAGGUGGGUGUGAUGCUACCAUGGAGGCACAGAACAACAACCAGCCCACCUUAGACAACCACAACAAUCUCUACAAAAUACCUGGUCAGGAGGAUCAGAAAAACGUGUCAAGCUAUAAGUACUGCUGCACUCUGGCAAACUUCCGGAUCGAGAAGAAGAUUGGUCGGGGUCAGUUCAGCGAGGUCUACAAAGCCACGUACCUGCUGGAGGGACAGCUGGUUGCACUCAAGAAAGUCCAGAUCUUUGAGAUGAUGGAUGCCAAGGCUCGUCAGGACUGCAUCAAAGAGAUAGAUCUACUAAAGCAGCUGAAUCACCCAAAUAUAAUCAAAUACCUCGACUCCUUCAUUGAAGACAACGAGCUGAAUAUUGUUCUGGAGCUGGCGGAUGCUGGAGAUCUGUCGCAGAUGAUAAAGUACUUCAAGAAGAAGAGGCGCCUCAUCCCAGAGAGGACUAUAUGGAAAUAUUUUGUGCAGCUGUGCAGCGCCCUGGAGCACAUGCAUUCACGCAGAGUAAUGCACCGCGAUAUCAAGCCAGCCAACGUGUUCAUAACAGCCACAGGGGAGGUAAAGCUGGGUGACCUGGGAUUAGGCCGCUUCUUCAGCUCUAAAACCACGGCAGCACACUCCUUAGUGGGGACACCUUACUACAUGUCACCGGAGAGGAUCCACGAGAACGGAUACAACUUUAAGUCCGAUAUCUGGUCCCUGGGAUGUCUUCUGUAUGAGAUGGCAGCACUGCAGAGUCCGUUUUAUGGGGACAAGAUGAACCUCCUCUCCCUCUGCCAGAAGAUUGAGCAGUGUGAUUACCCUCCCCUCCCAUCUGACCAUUACUCUGACAAGCUGCGGGACCUGGUCAGCAUGUGCAUCAACCCAGACCCGGACCGGCGGCCGGACAUCGUCUUUGUGCUGCAGAUCUCCAAACAGAUGCACAUGUGGACCUCCAGCACCUGAGCAGCCAUUUCUACUCCAAGCUGUCCCCCACCCCGACCCCUCUGCUCUGUCUGAGGACCUCAAACCACUAGACGUAAGCUCUGCCUGGUAUCACAGAAAAGUGUUUGCCUUAUCCUCGUCUCGGCAGGAGGAACCCGUGGAAAGACUCGCACUUCCACUUCUCUUCUUGUCACGGAGGAUGUGAAGAGGUGCAUUAGUGGAGCGCAGCGCUCGUGGAAAGUGGAGUUUAUGAAAGCGCACUUGUUCAUGUGAGAGGUGACUGCAUUUUAUGCCCUUUUCUUUAGCUGAGAGCUGUGUCUCACUACGAGCACAGGUUUCUCUUAAGCUUCUUUUGUAUGCCUCCACAGGGGUUGCAUUCCAAGUUCAUACCCUGUGCGUCAGGUAAAGCAUGUGCAGUACAUAUUGGGAAUUUUAAUAUUUUUCAUCUAUCGUUGUAAUCCAUUUUUCUUCUUUUAUAUUGUCAAUUUAAGUACAUAAUUUAGGGGUUUAAAUGGACAAUUAAUAAAUACGUAUUAGCAAGUAGUCCAGGAACGAUUUCUGAAAGAAUGCAGCUUUGCCUAACUGUUAGCUUGCAGGGAGUCUAUCGUGAUGGAGAUCAGCCUAACAAACGUGACAUGUAAUACGUCUAUUUCAUUCUGUCAGAGGAAGGUCUUGGAAGCCAGAGUGACUGUGGUGGUUUAGAACUUUUCUAGAUUUCAUUAUCUUCAGGUUGUAAAACUAUUUUUUCUCGUUUUAAGGCCUGUUUUCCCAAAAUAGACUAACAACCAUGUUGUGGUACAAACCAGCCGGUGGAGACAGUUGUAUAAACGUCUUCUGUGUCUCUGGUGGAGCUUUUGGUGCCUUCAAAUGGGGUCGUGUUUACCGUGUUUACGAGAUGAGUCCAUACCUCAUGUGGUAUUCACGACCUCGUAAGUGGAAAGUUUCUGAAAGCUCCGAGUUCAUGACUUGUGACUGCAUUAUGUUGCCCACUUGCUCUCUUACUAAAUUGUUAGCCUCUGUGGCUUCUAGACGCCGACAGUAACGUUAAUAUUGCCGUUGCUUAGUUCUUCACGACUUAACCACUUGGACGUCAAGCAUAUCGUGUACUCGAUUUCCCAUGUUGUAAACAUGAUGUGAUCUUUAGAUAACAUGCCGAAGAAAAUCAGCAGCAGCCACCACGGCCACUCCCGGCUUCCAGUUGUAAUGGAUGUAAUACUCUUUAAUACAAAGUGUGCCUGACUCUGACUAUCCUUUUAGCUCGUUAGUUAACUCACUAUAUUUUUUGAAUUUGUAAUGAUUGUUAUGUUGCCUAAAUACUUUUGCAUCUGCACCCGAUUCAACUGUUAUCAGGCCAUUAAAUAGGCGUUAUCAGUCGCUGUAAGCACCAUAGAUGUGGGUCAUUAGGGGCCUACUACGCCUACUGCGUUGUAAAAGUGAAACUUAAAAGCAACCAUUCUAACAUGUUGUAAAACUGAAUGAAAUGUAACGUUUUGAACACGAACAAAAAAACUUCUUUAGGUUUAGGCAACAAAACUACAACUUUUUUAGGUUUAGGCAAAAAAAAUCAACUACACAUUGUUGGUUUCAAACAGGAUGCAACUUUGGUCUCCUGGGUUUCUAGGAGUUUCACACUGUCUAUACUACAGCGCCUGACUUACUCUUCUUCUAAAAACUACUAGUGGGUGUAGUAGGCCCCUACUGACCCACAUCUAUGGGGCUUAUAGCGACCGAUAACGCCUAUUUAAAAGCCUAACAACAGUCUAAUCGGCCGGCAUAUCAUGUUCAGUGUUGAUAGUGGAUUUAAGAAGGAAAAAAAACCUUCAUAAACCAUCUUUUUGAAUUUGAGUAAAGGACAACCUUGUGAUGAAAAGAUGUAUUCAUCACACAAAGAGUUGUACAAAGUGUUUCUAUGUGUAAAUAUAGACCAUUGUUACUGUGAAACUGAGAGAAAGAAAUUAGAUGCUGUGAAAAUCAUUUGGAUGGAUAGUACCAUGUUUAAAGACGUCCUUAAGGAGCGUAUUUAAUGAACAGUCAUACAGAGUAACUGAACAUUAUUUUUUAUCCAUUUGUUAAUGACAAUUUGUAUUCUCUGCUAAUAUAAUAUCACAUACCCAGGAUGUGGGGAACGUUUAGUGGUGUCAACAUGUAUAGACAACUUAUAUCUUCAUCUUCCAUCUACUGUUCUUGCUGAGUUGUGACUUUUCACUCAAAGUAUUGUGCCAUUAUGUUUUUACCAAUUGUACUUUUCUGUGCAACAUGACAUUAAAUCUAGCUCUGUGAAAAUA